AUGAAGAUGCUGCUGUCCCUGGGGCUGCUCUUUGCUGCCCUGUCCCUGGGGAGCUGCAUGCCCCUGCAGCAAACUGCGUCCAACCGCAGCAAGCUGCUCCUGGUGUCCUUCGAUGGCUUCCGCUGGAACUACGACCAGGACGUGGACACCCCCAACCUGGACGCCAUGGCUGCAGAGGGGGUGAAGGCCAAGUACAUGACCCCUGCCUUCGUCACCCUCACCAGCCCCUGCCACUUCACGCUGCUGACCGGGCGGUACCUGGAGAACCACGGGGUGAUCCACAACAUGUGGUUCGACACCAAAACUGGCGUGAGACUGCCCUACUACACCACACAAGGCAUAAGCAGCUGGUGGGACAACGGCAGCCUGCCCAUCUGGAUCACUGCCCAGAGACAGGGUUUGAAGACAGGCUCCAUCCACUUCCCUGGAACCAAGGCAAAAUACCAAAAGGAAGAAGUGUACAAGAAGUUGGUGGAACCUGCGUUGUUCAACUACAGCAACGAAAACAACUGGAGGCAGAGCAUCGACACCGUCAUGGAGUGGUUCACGGUGGACAACCUGGACUUCAUCACGCUCUACUUCGGGGAGCCAGACUCCUCAGGACACAAGUAUGGCCCUGAAUCCAUACAGAGGAAAAACAUGAUCAAGCAGGUGGACAGAACCGUGGGUUACCUGAGGCAGCGCAUCCGGGAGAGCGGCCUGGAGUCCAACCUGAACCUCAUCAUCACGUCCGACCACGGCAUGGAGACCGUGGUGAAAACCAACGAGAUCCACCUCCGCACCGUCACCAACUUCACCUUCAAGGACCUCGACUUCGAGCUCCUCGAUUAUGGACCAAGUGGGCUCCUGGUGCCCAAGGAAGGGAAACUGGAGCACGUGUACUCUGUCCUGAAAAACGCCCACCCGAAGCUGCACGUUUACAAGAAGGAAGAGUUUCCAAAGAGGUUCCACUACGCCAACCAUUCCCGGAUCACCCCACUUGUGCUGUACAGCGAUCCAGGCUACGUGAUCCAUGGGAGGUACAAGGUCCAGUUCAACAAAGGAGAGCACGGCUUUGACAACCAGGCCAUGAACAUGAAAACCAUCUUCCGUGCCGUGGGGCCGGCCUUCAAGAAGGGGCUGGAGGUGGAGCCCUUCGAAAGCGUCAAUGUCUACGCCCUCCUCUGCGAGCUGCUGGGCAUCACCCCCGAGCCCCACGACGGCUCCCUGGAGGCCACCAAGCCCAUGCUGAGGGAACCCACCGACGGUGACGGUGGCAACGGCAGCAAUGGUGACGGCAAUGGAAACGGUGACGGCAACGGCAGCAAUGGGCACCGGGAGCACAGCGGGAGUGGCACCGGGAGCGGCACUGGGGGUGGCAAUGGGCACCGCGGGUGGCAAUGGGCACCGCGGGUGGCAAUGGGCACCGAGAGCGGCACCGGGCACCGGGCGCGCUCCGCUCCGCCGGGAUUCCCGCGGGAACAGCGACGCCUGGCGGCCGCCGCCACCCCCGGCGGCUCGGGGCACCGGGCCGUGCCCCCCAUCCCCGCCGCUCGGUAA